AUGUCUAAUCCACCAGAAUCUACGGUAACACCGAAGGGCCUCCGUAGUCCCGAAGUUAUUCUCAAGCGACCAUUCGGUAGUAGCAUUGACAUCUGGUCAUUCGGGUGCCUGAUGUACGAAUUCCUCACAAGCGAGCCGCUGCUCACAGUAAUGACAUGCGGCUACGAUCAAGAGCACCGAGACAAGGCUGACGACGACCAUCUCAUCCAGCUCAACGGCAAGAUUCGUCCGCUGCCUGAAUCUAUCAUGCGUAGUUGGUCGCGGGCAGAUCGAUGGUACGACUUGGACCACAAGCAAUUCUGCGACUUUGAGCCCUACAAGUCUCUUGAGCAACGUUUUGCAAAGAACAAGCAUCCUGAUAUUGACGAUGAGGAAGCGGCUACCAUCUGUCAACUCAUCCGCGUUAUCCUGGUGUACGAUCCAGCAGAGCUGCUCAAGCAACCUUGGUUCUUUGAAUGA